AUGUGUGCCCUAUUGCCGCUUUUGAUUUCCCUUCCUCCAUCUCCAUUUCAAUUGAAUUGGUGUACUAGGGCAAUCCCUGGGGGAGAUAACGGCGUUAAUCUGGCGAUGCGGCUCCUGCAGAGAAUGGGAUCUAUUUUGUUCUUUGUCGUGGCCGAUUACUACCGCCGGAGAUCGAGAGUAAGCAAGCGAGUGAUCCCGAAGCUGGAUGAGGCGGCAACGGAGUCCGGCAGGAAGGUGGAGAGGUUCUCGCACUAAACGACGGCGGCGAAGGGGCGAAAGCUGUUCGGGAAGGUGGUGGAGGAACUUGAGAAAUGCAUCUUGCGCUACUUCGCCUCCACUGGAACCACGCCGCUUCGAUCGUCUCUCAGGUGAUGAACGGUCAAUCGGAGAAGAAGCCGAAGCUCAAAAGCUUUCUAAUGGCCGCCACCAGGUAGACGGGCAUCUCCUGGGAGAUGUAUUUUCUCGCGAGGAGGAGAUAGGGUUUGUUUGUUUUGUUAAUUUUGUAUUUGAUUUUUAAGGUUAUUUAAGUAAUU